AUGGCUGCAACUGUGAUAGGAACUGCUUUCCUCUCUGCAACUGUUCAGACCUUAGUUGAGAAACUUGCUUCCAAAGAGUUUCGUGAUUACAUCAUAAACACCAAGCUCGAUGACUCACUCUUGAAACAGUUAGGACAAACACUACUCACUAUUCAACCUGUGCUAGAUGCUGCAGAGGAGAAGCAGAUCAACACUCCUUCUGUCAAACAAUGGCUUGAUGGCUUGAAAGAUGCUCUCUACGAUGCUGAAGAUUUGCUCAACCAUAUUAGCUAUGACUCCCUUCGAUGCCAGAUGGAGAACACGCAAGCUGCAAGCAAAACUAAACAGGUCUGGAACUUCCUUUCUUCUCCUUUUAGAAGUAUCUAUGGAGAGAUCAAUUCCCAAAUGAAGAUCAUGUGUGAAAGCUUGCAACUUUUUGCACAACAUAAGGAUAUCAUUGGUUUGCAAACUAAAAGUGUCAGAGUUUCUCAUAGAACACCUUCAAGUUCUAUGGUCAAUGAAUCUGUCAUGGUUGGUAGAAAAGAGGACAAAGAGAUAGUAAUGAACAUGCUGCUAUCAGAUAAUGGCACUAGCAAGAUAAAUAUAGAGGUGGUUGCAAUUUUAGGCAUGGGAGGUGUCGGAAAAACAACACUUGCACAACUUGCUUACAAUGAUGAAAAAGUUGAACAUCACUUUGAUCUCAAAGCAUGGGCUUGUGUAUCGGAGGAUUUUGAUGUUUUUAGAGUAACCAAAGCUCUCCUUGAAUCUGUCACUUCAAAAACAUGGGAAACCAGUAAUCUUGAUUUUCUUCGAGUUGAGUUAAAGAAAAAUUUGAGGGACAAAAGAUUUUUCAUUGUGUUGGAUGACUUAUGGAAUGACAGUUAUUCUGAUUGGGAUGAACUUGCAUCUCCGUUGAUAUACGGAAAAAAUGGAAGCAGAAUGAUCAUCACAACACGCCACAAAAAAGUGGCAGAUGUUGCACGCACAUUUCCUAUUUUUUCAUUAGAUCCUCUAUCCCAUGAAGACAGUUGGUUUUUACUCUCCAAACAUGCAUUUGGAAGUGGAGACUUUUCUGAAACUCAACGCCGAAAGCUAGAACCAAUUGGCAGGAAGAUUGCCCGAAAGUGUGGUGGAUUGCCAAUCGCUGCAAAAUCACUUGGAGGACUAUUGCGUUCGAAAGUAGAUACUGAAGAGUGGAUUGAAGUUCUGAACAACGACAUAUGGAACUUACAGAAUGAUAAUAUUUUGCCUGCAUUGCGCUUGAGUUAUCAAUAUCUUUCAUCUCAAUUGAAAAGAUGUUUUUCCUAUUGCUCUAUUUUUCCAAAGGACUAUCCACUUGAUAGGAAGCAACUGGUUUUAUUGUGGAUGGCAGAAGGCUUCCUUGAUCAUUCUCAAGACAGAAAAACCAUGGAAGAAGUAGGUGAUGAGUUUUUUGCUGAAUUGUUAUCCAGAUCAUUGAUUCAACAAUUGCAUGAUAAUUAUGGAAAACAAAUAUUUGUCAUGCAUGACCUUGUUAAUGAUUUAGCUACUGCUGUAUCUGGAAGAAGUUGUUACAGACAUGAAUUUGGCGCUAAGAGCUAUGAAAAUGUUCGUCACUUGUCAUAUAAUAAAGAAACAUACGACGUUUUCAAGAAGUUUAAGACUUUCGACAAAUUCAAACGCUUGAGAAGCUUCCUUGCCAUUGAAUUUCGAUGGGCAGAAUAUAAUUUAUCAAGAAACGUGGUCAAUUAUUUGCUACCCACAUUUGAAAGGUUGCGUGUGUUAUCGUUGUCAAAAUAUAGAAACAUCACCACGUUACCCGUUACAGUUGGCAAUUUAGUGCAGUUGCGCUAUCUAGAUCUCUCUCAUACUGAAAUCACAAGCUUGCCUGACACCAUAUGCAACCUCUACUACUUGCAAACCUUGAUUUUAUCUGAGUGCUAUAAACUCACAGAAUUGCCAGAAUUUGUUGGUAAAUUAAUUAAUUUGCGUCAUCUUUAUAUUGAUAGGACAAGCAUAAUAGAGAUGCCGAAGCAAAUUGCUGAACUAGAAAACCUUCAAACUCUAAAUGUUUUUGUAGUAGGAAAGAAAAAUAUUGGUUCAAGUGUUAGAGAGAUUGGGAAGUUUCCUAAUCUACGGGGAGAGUUAUUCAUCAAGAACCUGCAAAAUGUCAUUGAUGUCAUGGAGGCAAGUGAUACCAACUUGAAGAGCAAAGAACAUAUUGAGGUAUUGACGCUACAGUGGGGCAAGGAAACUGAUGACACACUUAAUGAAAGAAAUGUGCUUGAUAUGUUACAACCAUCCUCAAACCUUAAGAAGUUGACCAUUGACUUGUAUGGUGGGACACAUUUUCCUAGUUGGUUGGGAGAUCCAUCAUUUUUUAACAUGGUGUCCCUCUAUAUUCAUGAAUGUGUGAAUUGCACGACACUUCCACCACUAGGGCAGCUACCUUCUCUCAAGGACUUGCGAAUUGGUAGAAUGACAAUUUUGGAUACAAUUGGGCAGCAGUUCUAUGGCAUAGCAGCAGGAGGUUCCAAUUCUUCAUUCCAACCAUUUCAAUCCCUUGAGAAUUUGUUGUUUUUGUCCAUGGGAAAUUGGAAGGAAUGGCAUCCUUUUCCAGACAACAUGUCUCCUUUUCCUCGUCUAAAAACUCUGAGGUUAUUAAGUUGUCCCAAAUUAAAGGGACAUUUACCUACUCAUCUUCCUUCCAUAGAAGAGAUUGAAAUAGAUGGUUGCGACCAUCUCUUGGCAGCACCACCUACUCAACAUUGGCUCUCCUCAAUAAAAAAGAUUCAUAUUAAGGGAGAUUCGAAUUCAGAAAGCAAUACUGAAAGGACCCAAUACUCAUUGCUCGAGAGUGAUUCUCCAUGUCUGCUGCAAACAAUAGACAUAUCGAACUGUCAUAUGCUAAAAUCUGUACCUAAAAUGAUUAUAAACAGCACCUGUCUUCUAUGCUUGGAUCUCUAUGGUAUUAGUUCUCUCAAUGCGUUUCCAACAAACGGUUUACCCACUUCUUUGCAAUCACUUUGUAUCGAAGAAUGUGAGAAUUUAACAUUCCUACCUCCUGAAACGUGGAGGAAUUACACAUCACUUGUGACUCUUAAAUUACAAACGAGCUGCAGUGCACUUACCUCCUUCCCAUUGAACUGUUUUCCUAUGCUCCAAGAUCUUUCCAUCAGGAAAUGUAGGAGUUUGGAAUCUAUUUUUAUUUCAGAAACUCUGCCUUGUAGCUCGUCAACCCUCCGAUCUUUUGUUGUCAGUGAUUGUGAGGCACUUAGAUCACUACCUCAACGGAUGGACACCCUCACCGCUCUUGAAUCGAUAAUUCUAUGCAAUCUUCCAAAUUUGAAUUUAUCAUUAUGUGAAGGAGCUUUCCUACCUCCGAAUUUACAAUCAAUUACAGUUUAUUCUGUGAGGAUAACAAAGCCGGUAACAGAGUGGGGUCUCCAAGGCCUUACUCGUGUUCGUUCAAUGGAUAUCAGUGGUGAUGACAUUGUUAAGAUGUUGCUCAAGGAGCAGUUGUUGCCCAUUACCCUUGUGUCUCUAGAAUUCGAAAGUCUCUUUGAAAUGAAAUCCUUAGAAGCAAAUGGACUUCGACACCUCUCCUCUCUAGAAUGCCUUUACUUUAUUAAUUGUCCAGAGCUUGUGUCAUUGUCAGAAAAAGCCUUUCCCUCCUCCCUGAAAACACUUUAUUUCAGGAACUGUCCAAGACUAAACUCAUUGUCAGAAAAAGUCUUUCCCUCCUCGCUGAAAACACUUUUUUUCUGCGAGUGUCCAAGACUAGAGUCAUUGCCAGAAGACAGCCUCCCUACCUUUCUUGAGGAACUGACCAUUUCAAGAUGUCCAUUGUUAGAAGAAAGGUAUAAACGGAACGAAUAUUGGUCCAAAAUUGCUCACAUCUCUGUCAUAAAAAUAAAUGAGCAACUCACAAUAUGAGCCAUGACCAUUGAGAAGCCAAGAGAAUGAAGAAUUCCCAUCAUGUUUCAGGUUUGAAUUCCAGUGCUAAUUGCUCAAUGAGUUUGGAAAAACAUGAAGUGAUGAAGAAGAUAAGUCUACAUUUGGUUGAGAAUGACACCUAUGGUGAUUCUUCUUCUUGAAGGAGAGUUUUGCAAUAAUUUGUGGUUAGAACAGAAAGAUGCUAUAGACUUUUUUGCGUGGUUUGUUUGUUUACUUGUCUAGAAAAAUGAUCUUUUAAUUUUAUAUACUAUAUUCUUUGUGAUAAAUAUAUCUAGUCGGUAUUAUUGAACAUCAACUCUUUUAAUUAUAUAGUUAUAGCGUGAAAUUUUUAUUUAAACAGUCAACGUUAAAUCAAAAAUACAAAUUAAGUUCAAGUACAUCCAUUUGAUUGAGCUUGAUCGCUGUAUAGUAGAUUUGUUGUAAUUCUUUUCUCCAUUAUGCAAUGCAAGCUAUCUUUCUCGACAUCAA